AUGCAGCUGUCCUCUAGCUGCUGUUUGCUGCCUGCAGCCCUGCGCCCUCCACAAGGCUCGGGGGACCGACUCAAACCUCAACUCGAUGGCCGUAUCUUAGGUGGUGAGCCGGUUGACAUCACGCAAUACCCGUGGCAGAUCUCACUGCAGGUGUUCGGUUACCACAGCUGCGGCGGUUCAAUCAUCAGCCCUACGUGGGUCCUGACAGCAACGCACUGCGUAGCCCGUGCUGGCGUAAACUACCUGGCUGUGAGGGCUGGUUCCUCAGUUCAGGACAGCGGCGGAACCAUCUACAACGCUUCCAGCGUAAUUGCACACGAGAAGCACAACUCCACCUCGCAUGACUACGACAUUGCAUUCGCUGAGAUUUCUGGAUCAUUCUCCUUUGACAGCAACGUCCAGGUUGUGAGCCUCGCCAGCUCGGAGCUCACUGGUGGCACAGAGGUGACUACCACUGGCUGA